AGGGGUAGAAGGGGCAGAAGGGGUAGAAGGGGCAGAAGGGGGCAGAAGGGGUAGAAGGGGUAGAAGGGGCAGAAGCAGAAGGGGAAGAAGGGGACAGAAGGGGCAGAAGGGGACAGAAGGGGUAGAAGG